CACGGGAGUGUAAGUGUCUACGUAAGCCACGGGAAGCAAACCAUAGCUUCUCUUUCCUAGUUUCUUUUCCCCUACGACUUCCUGGGCGCUCGGUUGAGCCUGAAGAACGGCACUCACUUGCGGGGACACGUCAUUACCCUCGGCUGCUCUCUCGGCGACGAGAGCCUCGUCUCCCGAGACCAGAACGAUCAACGAUAGCAAAAGCUAAAACAAUCGUCGACAAUACGUAGACAAUGCGAAUAUAGAUCACCAUAAUCAGCGGACGAAUGCAUGGGACACUUCCGCGUCGAUCGUUUUAUCAUUUAAAUUGCUCCAUAUGUGGGUCGAAUAUAACGGAUAGAAUUGAGAUCUCGCAAAUAAUGAAACAAGUGAUGCUUGAUACUUGAUAUAACAUUACUAGAAUUCAACUAAGUUUUAGUCAAAGCCAUUGUGCGUCAAGUUGAUUUACGUAUUCUAUUCUUUACAAAAUACUCUAUUAUUAAUGCAAAAACAAUUUUUUUACGAAAAUUUGUGUUUAUCUUACUUGUGUUUAAUUAAACAUACGCAUUUAUUGAAAAUCGAAAAUAACAGAAAAUAUAAAACACAGCCGAACAAUAAUCUUCUUAAAAUUUUUUCUUAUUUAUUUCUCUAAUUUAUCCGCCUUGAAACUUAAUAUGAAUUGAUAGUAUCGAGAAACACGCACACAUUAUCUCGCGCACGAUCGAAUUAAAGAUGAAAAUUUAUUGACUUUAUGACUCGAUACAAUUGUGCGCGAAUUUAACGGCUUACCAGUAGCUUCAUAUUAAGCGUGGCACAAUUCGAACUGAUUCGUGCUCAAAGGGUUGACACUACUUUUAUACCCGGUUCCCAUGUAAGUCGUUCGCCACAUUAUGGUAAAUUCUAGAUCCAUGGUAUGCGCGCACGAAUAACUAGCAUCCCGACUGACAACUCCGUGAAACCACUCCCAUCUAAAGGAUCACCAAACGACAUAACGACCGCGAUCCAUUCCUACAUAUUCCCCGCGGUGAGAAUAUGCGACGUGCGGUACAGACACAAAAUUAAAAUAUUUUCUCGCCUAGCUUAUUUGCUGAAAUACAAAUCGUGGAAGAUAUUCUCAAAUAUGCACAAGAAAUAAAUCCGCAUGAAACAAUUGGCCUACGUAAAAAACAGUGUUGAAAAGAAAAUAAUGUCCUUUUAAUUAUUAUGUAAUGAGGAAAAAUGUUCUACUUUCACGCGACAACGAAAAACCAAAUAAAACAUAUUGGUGACCAUUUGAAACAGCGCUUAUGAAAAAGAAUAAUCCGUGCGCCACAGAAAAAUAAUUGCGGUCUCUCGGACGAGAUUUUCGAGAUGUCACGUCUAUAAACUUUUUCGACGGCAUCAUUUUAUAUAAUCGGGGGGUGACUUGCAACCGAUCGAUACCGCACGCUAAAUUUAUGAAAAUCUGACACGCCUGGAGAAGAAACGAGUUUAGUUUGUAAAUAAGUAUUAAUUUUUUUCCUGGCUUUACGUAAACUUCUAACAAGAUAAAAUUAAAUAUUUUAUUAUGCUCACAAACAAAAAACAAAUAAUAGUAGACUGUAUACUUCUAGUUACAAAAAAUUAGUUCAUACAAUAUAUAUCAUGUUUGAUUCUUUAACUUUAUGUAAUCUAAUAAUAAUAUACCUCAGUAAUAAAAAUGUUUGCAAGAAAUGUUUAUAGACGUGACAUUUUUAUUUCACCCUUAAUAGUUAACUUCGUAAAGUAUAUAAUAUCGUAGUAUAACAUCGUAGUUAAUAUCGCUGAAUAUUGUAAAGAUCAACUUCCUUUAAUAACAGCCACUUUUCCGCCAAUUACAUCGUAAUCGUUAAAUAUGCCUGUUUAUUUACUAAUUAGUCUAUAAUCAAACAUUUAUGAUCUAAUCACAAAAUGCAUUAUCAAUUCUUCGCUCGGCGCUUUGCAUCUCGAUGAGUCAGUCGUUAAAAAUCGAAUGUCAUUAACGAGACAAAGAGACCUUGUCACGGCGUUGUCUUAUCGAUGCCGUUUACAGCGUCGCAUCAUUCAUAUCACGUAUUCCUAAUUUAUCCAUAGACACGUAAUACCGCGAAUAUUACCAACGUCCCUUACGCAAUCGUGAGCCCUUCCUUACGCGCUGAAUGCGUGCCGCGAGUUUUUAUUCGACCCCUCCCUUGCGAAUUGUCAUCCUAAGAGGUCUGGUCGCUGCCGGACUAGGAAACAACGACUUUCUCUGGACGGAGAACAGGUCGCACACCGCUGUCCACUUACGAAAUCCUCAGCUAGGAAAUGCCCGCACUAACGCAACGCGUUGUCGUCCUCGUCACUGUCGGCUAUGUCGGUAUAUCACGAGGUUACACCGGACACGACGAACUAUAUCCUGAAUCGACGUUUACUAUCAUCAGUCUUUCGCAACACUCCACCAAUUCCUGUCUUUCUAUUGUCAAUCGAUCGUGGUCGCACGUAAUUGUUUUUAUGGAAUCGCUCGCGCCAAUGCACAAGUAUAAUAUGUUACAUGUCGACAUAUUCGGCGAGAGUCUAAGUAUUAAUUUUUAGAUAACCUCUUUUUUGGGUUGAAAGUUAACUAACCUCAAUAUGUUGCAUUUAUCGAUGCGAACAGUACUUAGAAAAGGAGGAGGGGAGAGAGAAGAAAACUCGAGGUUAAUACAGAAGCAAAUUUUACGUGAAACUUUUCCCGAGUGAAUUGCGUUUGAUUGUUGCGUUUCAAAGUUUGAUUGUUGCUCUGUGCUACUUUCAGAACGAGAAUAAUUCGCAUAAGUUACGCAUAGUUUGGCACAGGCAAAUUUUCAAUAUACCUGAGUUAACACUACUUUUUCCGUCGGUUGCCUUUUAUGCUCGCGAGCAAGUAACGGUAGCGUUAAUUAACUCGGUUCCCGCUGCAAAUUGUAAACGCAUGCUAUUAUAAAGAUUGUCGACCCGCAUGUAAGAAAACUCGUUAUGAAAACAAUCCUUAUCUUGAAUCCCUAUUAUUGAUGAAAAAAGUGUAGCGGUUUUUGUAUUUAUUAAAUAAUUAAAAGUUCUAAAGAAGAAAAGAGAGAGAGAGAGAGAGAGAGAGAGAGAGAGAGAGAGAGAGAGAGAGAGAGAGGAAAAGAGAAAGAGGUUAGUACCAGUACUAAAUAUAAAUUAAUUUUAAUACGCAUCGAUGGAUUUCCUUUCACUCGCUUGUGGGAAGCUAACAAAACAUACAAUCUCCCACGAUAUAUUCGUCGUAAUUUCACCAAUUUUUCUUUCCAAUUUUAAAUUUUAGUUAUUUAAGUUUUCACGAUGCUUUAUCCUUUCAUAUCGAUCACAAAGGAUCGAUGUGAAGGAUUUAGAGAGAGGAAAAUCUCAUCUUCUUCUAAGUCACAUCAUCGUCGCUAUAGAAUAAAUAAUAAAUUUGCAAUAACGUUGCAUUCCACUUAUAUUCGAAAUACAGCAACUAGAUAAAACAUUGAAAGUUUCGUAUAAGAUUAUGUUACAACCAAACUUGGGCAAUCGCGUUCCGAUAAAGACAUGCCUUGAUAUAAAUAACGCGAUAUAAAUAAUAUACGCGAAAUAAAUCACUCACGCAAUCAAAAUUGCUACGGAUAAUUAUACGAACAAUUGGCAUUCUUGUCAUAGAUAACUAAAAACGAAAAGGGAAAUGCCUUCCCUUCACGAAUUCGUCGCGCUAUAACCCGUUCCUGGAAUAGCAACUCAACUAUUGUUGAGCAAUAUGCCUCUUUCAUUUUUAAUUUCGACGAAAGCCUAAUUGCCGUUAACGAUGGCAAACCACGACGAAAUCCGCAUAGCCUCACUUUUUCCGAAAAUUACGAAAGAUUGCGCCAGGUGUAUUGAUUUUACGCGUGCAAUUAAACCACGGGGGAAUUUAACCAGCCAGAGUCGCACGACUACGUCCAACUUUUUAUCUCCCUUUUUCGAAUAACCGUAACUCAUUCGGUCUCGUGGCUCGCGCUCAUUCCCGCGCGCGUUGCAUCGUGCCGCUUCAGUUGUCGCUAAUCAACAAGUGAGCCCGUGCAAUCCAAGAGAAACUCGACAUUUCUUUCCGAUAUUAUGCAAAAAUUUAUCCCCGCCAGUUAAGUCAUUGUUUAACGACGUCUACGCCGCAAUUGGCCGGCAGUCCUCGUGCAGUUCUCAGUCGCGAAGGUUCCGUGCGACUCGCUGACUUUAUCUUACAACGCGCAUCGAUAAUAUAAUAACUGCCACGGUGGAACUUUUUAAAUUGUCUGUCUGAUAAUUUCUCAUGCGUAAAUAUCGUAAUUAGGAUAUCGAACUGAUAUAACGCAGCAUGCGAUUUGCAACGUGAAACACAAAUUACCAUACAAGAGACAAACGAUAUGUUAAGUUCCGCGAAUGAAGAAACUAACUUCAAAAAAAGCGCGUUGACUGCCUGAUUAUCUAAGCCAAAAGUAAAAGUGCAGUGCCUUAAUUAUACGAUCUGACAUAUACUCUGACCCAAUGUGCGGCUUGUGAUUGUCGAGUAUCGAAUAGACGUCUUUCAAAAUGAGAUCGCAAACGCGAAUAUUAAUCUUGUGCUUACUGUGCGUCGUGCGCGCAUCCAAAGUUCUGUCGGAGGAAAUGACCGAAUUCGGUAAGAGAACCUCGAUACAAAACAAAGACCUGAGAGAUCUUACGCGGGAAAACGAUGGAGGCAACGAACCAGACGCGGGCAAGUUUCGCGACAAGAGAGCUCUGGGUCUUCUGUUAUCGGGUCUGGCCCAGAUUUUCGGAUUCACGGCGACGCCAAUUCAGUUCGCGUCAUUGGCCAACCCGAACAUGACAGCAUCAGCUGCGAUGUCGAACUUCACCGAGAUGGGCAACGUAACGAAACAACUAAUCGCGUCUUCGCGACCCAUGUCGACCAAUGCCACCGCGCCGAGACAAGAGACCAUCAGGUUCACCGGAGUGGUGAACUUCGGCAACAACUCGGACAUCGUAGGGCAUCUUCAACGUUAUGAGCAGAUAUUUCACGGUCGCAGCAAUAACACGAGACCUAUGACGAUGACGACCUCGCAACCCGCCACGUCGAUGCCGAAACCGAUCGUGAGUCUCUCGAUAGAUCCGAGAUUGAACUUGCCGACCAAAACGCCUCUUUUGACACCGUUCUUCGUGAAAAUCCCGUUGCCGAUCGCACCUGAUCUCUUACCGAUCACAACAACGCCUACCGAAAAUUUAAAACUAUCAUAUCCCGCUUCGCUAGUUACAAUCACGAGCGAACCCAGCGAGGAAGUGCCUCCGAAAACGCAACUUCAACAACAACUCGGAUUGCCGAUUCGGAAAGAACAAGAGAUGGUGUACAGAAACAAUGGGAACAUCGAACGAUACAUGGUGGAGAACAAGGAGAUCCACAAUGAGAAGGACGUGAUGAAGCCGGUGAGCAAGUACACUCACCAUCUAUACGUGGACGAGCCGACCUUGAGCAAGCAGCAGGACAACGAAGAGAGAUACAACGAAGUGCAACGCAAACAGGAAGAACACGUCGCGAGGAUAAAGGAGGAGGAGGCGCAAAGAAAUCGCGACCGGGACGACUACGAGCAAGUGGACGAGAUCAACGAGAGACACAGGAAUCGAGAGGAAGAGAUCGCUAAUCGAAAUCAAAAUCAUGCUUCCAAGCAUGAUUACUCCGCAUCAGAGGAGAAAAGACCCGCGUACGAGGACAAGGAGGACGAAGUGUCCGCGGAAAGAUAUGAGGAACGCACGGAUCAGGCGAAUCGCUCCAAUGAGUCCUCGGAACGGCCGACAGAAGAGGACGAGAGAGAGAAGACCGAACGUUACCCGGAUUACGACGACAACGACGAACCUAGCAAACAGUCCGGCGAGUACAAGCAAGACGACGACCAACCACCACCGGUAAAUUUAGAGAAGUAUAUUGAAGUGGUGUACAAUCAACAAUUACCGAUCGGCGAUUACUUCCACGAGAGUAAUCCGGAACAGAUCCGUGACAGCUACGGCGAAGUGUUGAACAAUAAGAAGCUGGAGGACGACAGACUUUCCGGUUACUUCAGCAUGUUCAAGCAUCCAUACGUGGACGAGCUCGAUUAUCAACGAAAUCCCGAAGACGCGUCGCAAGAGGACAAGAGAAAGGAGAUUUCCACCGCGAACAUUUACGACGAACACUUGAAGAGAAUACAAAAGCUACGAGAAGAAUACGCUUUGCCCGUUCCAGAGAGCAAAUACGAAGAGUACGAAAUAAACGACGAGGACGAGGCGAACAGAAACGGUAGGCAGAACGAGAGAGAUCAAAAUCGUAACGCGGCGAAAUCGAAGAAACCCAAAGCGGGAAGUGUUCAUGGCAAAGAAGAUGUUCGUGCGAAGACGACGAGCGGGUCGAGCAAAAAUCAACUUCAGCGCGAGUCUGAGGAAGCCAAUUCACAGAAAGAGCUCGAUCUCGUCAAGUACACACCUCUGAUUGUGCCUAUACGCUACAUCGACGGGAGCGACCGAGUGGAGCAAGCGAGUACGCGGCAACUGAAGUAUAAGAAGUCGGAAAAGAAGUCGAAUAACAGUCAGGUGCCCACUGCGGACAAUGUCGAUCUCACAACCAAGGAGAAGCCAACGCUGCAGAUCGCGAGCUUGCCCGAAAGACCAAGACAAUUGCACGAGGGCGAGUACAAGGAGUUUCAGCUGUGGCCGCCGCCUUUCGACUACGCCUUCGACAACACAGAGCGAACGAACACUAUCGUGUCGGCGAAUCCACAGAACUACCCCUUAAAUUAUUAUCAAAAUAUCAUAACGAACAUUGCCGAUAAUGACGCGAAUAAUGACAACUCCUCGAACCAACCUGCCGGCUACCUGGUGGUUGUCGGUAAUCCUGUGCAUCCAUACCGAUACCCUAACAAUGUCUAUUAUUUCCCCAAGGAGGCUGUUAAUCCGCAAAAUCAAGAACAUCACUUGAACGCCGAAGGCACGCAUUCGCAGCUCUACGUCUCUCGGCAGAACGCUGAUCAACAGUCCACCCAAGUGAAUCCUAAUCCUACUGAAUAUAAUUAUAAUGGUAGCUCCACGAAGGGUUCUCGCGACUAUUACUAUCAACCUCAACAAGCUACAGCUGACGUUUCCAAUCCUUAUAGAUACGCUUUUAGAGGAUAUGCCUCCGAAUCCCGCAAAUUGCCUAACGUCGACGCGAGAAAUCAGAUUUCUAAUACAGAGAACUGGUCCAACAGGAUAUAUUCAUCACAACCACGAAGUGACAGGGUGGUCAAUCAACUUCCGCCGACUCUUGCACAGUUGCAGAACAUCGCGUCUUCGAAUCAAAAUGUGCGAAACGUCCCUUUGGAAAGACAACAUUAUCCACUCCCAUCGAGAAGACGGAAGAGUUUGCGGACGGAAGACCAACGUCAAAAAGAUAGAAAGGCAAAGACUCCAUCACGACAUUCUCGAAGAAAUCGUUCGAUCUCAAAGAGCAAAUCUUUUCAUGAUCCUCAGAGCGCGCAUGACUUCUUCGGCUUUAGUAAGAACGAUUACAGUCUUGACGGGGAAAGCGACAACGCGGCGUCGAAAGUCGCCGAGGAGAACGGCAAAAAUACGAAGGAGCCGCACGUGUUCGUCGCACCGGAACCGGCUGCUUAUCACCACGACGAAAGCAUAGUGAAACACACCGAUGAACCGGAAAAUGAUACAGAGAAAGCCGUAGUUAGAGAAUACAGGAACAGAGUGGCGACCUUGAAAGUGUCGGAGCAGAGACAGACAAGACCCAACGGACCAAUUCAUUACGUGGAAUUUACACGCAAUAUUUAAUGACGACAUAUCAUUAAAACAAGAAAAGGUCUAAUUAAAUGCAGCGUCUCGCGCCGAGAUGUUGUUAAUAUUUGAGUGUGUUAUUAAUGAAACAUAUCUCGUAAUAACAUAUGGAAAAUAUCAUCACGUUCUUUCUCAUGUAGUUCACCCGUUGCUAACACGAAGUGUCAAUAUUUAUAUUUAAAUUUCAAUCUUAACAAAGUUCGCGUUUUAUUAUAAAAGUAAUAUAUAUAGACGUGUAAGAAUAACGAUAUAGAAUAAGGAGAACAAUCUAUAAAUGUGUAGUUCACCUUAAUAAAUUAUUACUAUUAUAAGAUACAGACUGAAAAGUAAUAAUUAUAUUAAAUAAGUAACAAAUAUACGCGCGAGGUAAAACUUCAUUUAAAAAAAUAAAAAAUAAUCUUUGAUAAGAAAGUUAUUCGAUAUCAGAAAUUGACUGAAUAAACUGUGUUCUUAUAAUUGAAUAAUAAAAUUUCUUUUUCUGAAAUCUUUUUCUCAAGAUAUCUUUCCGUGAGAAAUUAGAUUUUUUAGCCAAAAAUUAUUCUACGUUAUUCUUAAUAUGUUAAUAUAUGCCCAAAUUGCUUUCAGCAUUUGUACGUAUGUUGCAGGAAAAAAGAGAGGAAA